AUGUGUACAAGCCGCCGGACAUGCUUCGCCGUACCUGACCUCCUUUCUUCACCCUGCCGCUUCACGGCCCCCCCACGCCCUCCUCCGAUUGCAACGUCCACAGGUCGCGCGGCGCGGCCGACGCCUUGUUUAACUUGCCAACUCAAGUGCUGCUAGGGUUGGUGGUAGAAUACUAACUCAACUGCACAACUUACUAAAAUAAACGGGCCUCCCACUAA